GACAAGUCGAUCCAGGUGCGUCAUCAUCAUUGCUCUUUGACAAAGAAAACAAGAAUCAACAAAUAAGCAAGAGAAUCGGCAUUCGAACCCGAACAACAGUGAUUACCGUCGCCCAAAAUAAAGACAAAAAAACUAGGCUGCAGCAUUACUAGUACUGGUCCAGAAGCUGUGAGAGAGAGUCCAUCUACAUAUUCAUUAUUCGGCUCUCCGUCAUGAGCAACCUCAGCCGUUCAUCGCUUGCCAACGACAUUGCACUGUUGCGUUCUGUUCCGGCAUCUUCUCUUCCCCUGUCAUCUGUUCAGGCAGAACCAUCGGGUUCCCGAACACCCCUCGAGGUUCUUCAAGCUUUCUCGCCCUCCACCGCCACGUCUCAGACAUCGCAAGACUUGUCCAAGGCGUAUAUCAAGGAGAUGAACGGAAUCAAAAAGGUAUAUGAGAGGAAGGAAGGGGAAGAGGUGGGUGAGAGGAUUGACGGAUUGCGCGCGCGGGGUGAGGAGAUUCAGGAGGUGCUGCGAGACAUCAAGGCGUGAUUAUUGCAUGGCAUGGAUUAGGGCGGUCGUGUGAGCAGUAUAUAGAUUGUAUGCAACAUAUGGG